AUGCGUCCUUCUGUCAUUCUGUUCGCUGUAUCACUUUUAGCAGAGGCUUCUCUAGCAGCACCUGUCAAGGCAGAAGCACUCCCUCUAAUCCUGCUCCCUCGAGAGUACAAGGACUUCAACAAGAGAACACAACCAACUGCUAUGCAGCUAGCAGCCAACGGCCGGCCUUGUGGAUUGGACAGCAAGCAAGGCGUAUGUGAUAAUGGACGAUGCGGUACAUUCAUCGCUCCUAGUGGGUUCAUCAUCAUCCGUGGUGCUGAAUCGCAGUGUGGAGGAGUUUUCUAG